AUGCCUCCCGCUGGCCAUGCUCAACCUGCUCGAGACCCACGACUCGGCGGCGGCGGCAUGAUGCCUCCUCCUGCAAUGCCCGCCCAUCCCCCCCCCAUGCCCAAUUUCCCUCCCCCUCUGAACGGCCCGCAACAGAUCCCCUCGCAGGGCCAGUUGCGCUGGCAACCGCCCGCGCGCCAUCGGAGAUACGGCCUCCAGACAUCCGACAUUCGAAACGAGAACCCGACAGAGGCCGAUGCUCGCCACUGGCUCUCGAGUUUCGUGGUCAUCCGCAUGGAGAAGAAGGACUGUUCCAACGAAGUCGACGAGGAAGGCUACCCACUGCGGCCUACCUGGCGACGCAUCGAGGCCGUGGAGGAGACCGCCAUCUCCCAACAGGAGGCGACCCGCAAGGCUCGCGAGUUGAUGAAGCACGGCCCGCCUGUGGGCGACAAGAAGAGCGAGCUUGGCCCGGCAGUUCAGCGUCAGAUUGAGGUAGCUCAGUGGGAGCUGGAAGAACGGGAGCCAGAUACACGCUACCACUACGUGCUCGUCCAGCUCGAUUCCAAGUUGAGAAGAAUCCAGGACAGCUCGUCUUUACGCUUCAAUUUCUCGGAUAAGAACAAGAAGAGCAAGAAGUGCAAAUGCACGCUUGUACAGGCAAAGUGCAACUGCUCGCCUCUGCAGACGAAGUGCAAAUGCGCAUUUGUUAGGACAAGGUGCAAAUGCGGGCUUGAGAGAACGAGCCACGAGCCAAAAUACGAAAGGGUCUCCGUCACGACCUACUUCGAGAGGACCCCAAGACCCAACGAGAACGCCUUGGCGAUGCUGCAGGAGGAGCAGAGGUCGAAGCAACAAUCCAGCAUGCCGGCCGGUCCCUUUGGAUCCAGGCCUCUGCCACCUCAGUUUGGCCAACCGCCGACGACGGGCAUGCCACCCUUCCAACCGCCGAUACAGCCUCGGCUGCCACCUCCACCGCCGCCUCCGCCGCCGGCGCCACACCAACCAGCGGGGAACACCGGUACGGGAGACCGUCACAGACAUGGAAAUCCAAAGGCCGAGGUGACAAGCCCGACGCGGGCAGACGUCAAGGGCUUUUUCGGAUCCCCUCGCGACUCACGGAGCUCCUUCUCAUCCAGAGACCCCUGGGAAUCUGAAAGCGGCGGGUAUUCGACUGCUAGAUCUUCCUCGGGUUCCAGUUUCCGCCGCUCCUUCGAUGGAAAGGGCAGGAGCCCGAGCCGACACCGCAUUCAGGAGCGACAGGAGUACUUUGGCGUGGAGGUCCCGCGUCGCCACUCGAAGCGAGACCAGGAAUAUCUGCCCGCGGCCCAUCCUCAGCGAGUCCGUCAAGGCCCGGGCCUACGAGUCCUGACUCCGGCAACGGACGUCGGAAUAGUUAGGGAAUCGGCCUAUAUUGAGGACAGAGACGGCGGGGCGAGGCUGAGAGGCCUUCUUCCCAAGGUGAUUCAGCGUUCGCCACCGUUGUUCCGCUGUUUGCCCGAGCACGAGGCCCGCAGGAAUUUGUUUGCCGAGGACCUGGACCAAAUGCGAUAUCGUCUGUAUCGGACACGUCUGGACGACGAGGACCGCCUCCAGCGCGACUCGAGGCUUGAGCAAGAGGCUCGCCACGACUGGCUGCGUGGCGACCUCGACCGGGGCCAAAGGCUCAGCGACAGGCUGCAGCGGGAUUCGGUCGAGAAUCUCCGCCGAGUCGUCAACCAUAGUCGAGAGUCUGGGCGUCGGAGAGAAGAGCCUUGGGAGACGGGGCGUGAGAAUCCGUUUUCGCGGGUGAGAAGGCCACCGCCGGUUUACGAGUCACGACGUUGA